CUACAGUUUUCUAAGCACUAAAAUAUUCUACAUAAAUUUGUACUUUCGGACAAAAUAAAGCAUUUCAUCAUAGAUAAAAUUUCAUAAAUUGUAAACAUCAAGUAGGCACAGUUUUUGAUGCAGCGGUAACAAAAACCAGAAAGCUUUGUUUUGAAUAUUGUUUUCGUUUAUUUACCUUGAAUCUCAUUAUAAACGAAAAAACACAAUGGAAAUGAGUGCUGCUAUGAUCGCCCGCUUGUCAUUUUAUCCAACACUAUUUUACAAUGUGAUGAUGGAAAAGGCGUCCUCGAGGAAUUGGUACGAUCGUAUUGAUGAAAAUGUAAUUUUGGGUGCUUUGCCUUUCCGCUCACAGGCGAAUGAAUUGAUAACCAAAGAAAACAUGAAGGCUGUUGUAUCCAUGAACGAAGAUUACGAGCUCACCAUGUUCUCUAAUGACUCACCGAAAUGGAAUUUGCUUGGAAUUGAUUUUUUACAAUUGCCAACAACAGAUAUCUUUGAAUCACCAAAUCAAGAAAAGCUUUUCAAUGGUGUAGAGUUCAUAAAUAAAUUUUUGCCUUUAGAUCAAAGGAUAAAAGGCUUGAGCACUUCUACUAGCCCUGAAAAUAAGGGAACUGUAUAUGUGCAUUGUAAAGCGGGGCGUACUCGUAGUGCUACGCUUGUUGGCUGUUAUUUAAUGCUGAGAAAUGGUUGGACACCGGAACAAGCUGUCGAUCACAUGCGUGCCUGUCGCCCCCAUAUUUUAUUACACUCGAAACAAUGGGAUGCCCUCAGAAUAUUCUUUAAAAAUAAUGUCGAGAACUCAUGACCUUUUAUGAUCAUUUCUGAAGUCGUUAAUGAACUGUACAUUGUAGGUAAUAAAUUGUUAUUCGAAUGGUUCCACUUUUCAGCAGCGUAAUAAAGUAUUCAAGCAUUCUUUAAAUGCAAAUGUA